AAAUCCCGCUGCCUGUCCUCAGAUGCAGAGGCAGUGCCACUCGCACACGCGCGCGAAGGCUGCACCGGCGGGAAUUCGGGCACGUUCGCUGGCCUUGGCUGACCAGCCGUUCUACGGCUGCCUCCCCAGCCCGUUCCAACCCACAUCUGCAGCCCGCUUCGCUCCUGAGCUCCCAGCCCGCCUGGCUUUGUUUUAUGCCCAUCGCCAACAGCAGAAUUUGGGCAGCUCUUUGGGACUCGCCACCCGAGCACCAUGCUGACCUUCGGCCUCUCUGUCUUGCUCCUGUCCUGCUGGCACGCCGAUUCACUGCCAUUGUCCACCCCACUCUCGGAGGAAGACGAAAAGGUCAUCAAAUGCAUCACAGAAGUUCUGGCUGACACCCUGUCCAAACCUAGCCCGGUUCCACUCGCCAGCGACUGCCUGAAGAUCCUGAAAGAAGACGAGCGGGUCCUGGCCAUGCUGCACCAUCACUACCUGCUGAAGGAGUUGAAGGAGCUGGUCCAUGAAGAAAAUGCCCACCACCACCCGAGCCGUGGCGCCUGGCACGAGCCAGAGGAGGGCCCUGUGGGGGAUGAGCUGAGAAAGCAGGACGAGCCCCUCCAGCAGAGCUCGGCCGCCUCCGAGAUGGUGGAGGAGAAGGAGGGCGAGGCCCGGAAGGAGGAGUAUGAGAAGACGGAGAAGAUUGAGGAGAAGGUGAAGGAGGAGAAGGUCUCGCACGGGGAGGACAGCACCCAGGUGGAGGAGGAGGCCAAAGAGAUCCUUGAGGGAGAGGAAGAGGAGGAGGAGAGGAAGAGGAGGCACGAGGAGGUGAGGCGGGCGUUGCCCAAGCUGCGGGAGACCUGGGGCCCCAGGGCCAGCAAGAAAACGGGGCCGCCAGCCAAGAGGCACUUCAGCCAAGAGGACAGUUCAGAGGAGGAGCCGCCGUACCACCAUGGAGGCCGGCACCACGGGGGGCUAGAGGACUGGGAGGAAGAGGAAGAGGAGGAGGAAGAGGGAAAGCGAUCGGGCCCGGCCCAGCGGAAAGGCGGCCCGGCCAAGCGGAUGGCCGAGAAGGCCAGUGAUGAGGAGACGGCCCAGUUUGAGGCAGAGGAGAAGGGCGUUAAAAUCUCCAACUCGAAGAGCCACCUCCACGGGGACAGGCAGCUGUGGAAGGAGGGGGAGGAGCACCACAGCCACCGCCACAGGCCGCCCAGCCACGCGCUGAAGAAAAGGCACCAUGAAGAUGAGGUGGGACACCUGAAGGGCAAGCACUGGGGCCACCAGGAGGAAGAGGAAGAGGAGGAAGAGGAAGAGGAAGAGGAGAGGGAGGCCAAGAAGGACAAGGAACGGGAGCUGGAGAAGCUGGAAGAGAUAGAGCAUGCGCUGAAGAAGGUGGCGGAGAAGCUGCGGGAGCUGCGGAGCGGGUGACCUCCCCAGCCCCCUUAGGGGAGCGGGGAGCCGUGAGAGCGGGACAAAGGGGCAGCUGCCCCUUUAAGAGUCAUCCCCCCCACCCCGGCACCCCCCCACAUGUGCUUUCUCUGUAUAUAUCCCUCCUCUUCUCUCCCACUUGGCUGUGGACUGUUAUCAAAGCCUCGGAGCUUGUGAUUUUCUAUCUGCUCCCCCCGCCCCCCCACAUCAGGGACCCAGCACAACCUGAGGCCCAAGGAAAAUAACUAACCCACCAACCUACUCUCCCCACCCACUCCAUGCAAGAAACGUCCCUCCACAGCUACGGAGGGCGAGAGAUUUGCGGGGGGGGCACCCUAGAUCUCAGCAACUGUGCUGCUCUGGGGGUACCAAGUGGGUAGGAAUGUCCCCUGAAAACUACCUGCAGCUGGUGUGGUAUAAAGGGUGAAUAGCCACACUGCGCUGUGGCUAAUCUCUGCCCCCCAGGCCCCAUAGGGGGUGGUUAUGGGGCAUCACCAGAGCACACUGUGGUGUGGCUAUUCUCUGCCCCACCUCCACCCCCAGGGCCCAAGAGGGAGGAGUUUAUUUCACUUUUGGCCUCUUGUUUAAUGCAGACCCCCUAUGGGGCACCAAAGAAGGGAUAGAAAGAGCGGACCCUCCGGUGCCAGGGCGGGAACCUGCCUGGCUCCCCACCCACUGGGCAAGCCGGACUCUGACUGUUAACACGCAGCCUUGUGGGACCCAGCGGCUCUGCGUGGUCCUCAAAACCUCGGCUUCCCUGACCCCUCCGCCCCUGACACCCAGCCAUUGCUUUGGGGUCAGCUCUGCCCACCUCCCAAGGGGUCAUUUUCACCAGCAGCCAGACGGGCUCAGUCUGUUGGGCCCAGCAGGAGGCCUGGAGGUGGAGGGGAGAUGGGGGGAGGCAGCCGCAGUAGCACCAGGAAAGCCGAGGGGCAGGGGGCCUGCAUAGCAGUGGGGGGGUCAGCUGAAGAAGGUACAGCUGACAUGUACCCAGCUGGCCUGGCUGAUGAGGUCAAGGCCCACGGCUCUGUGCAUCUGUCCCACCUGGGCUUUCCCGCGCCCAUCGCCCCGGUGGGGAGGUGCUGGCACCGGAUCCCGCCUCGGCGAAGGGGGCCGCUGAGUUUCCACUGCAGACCAGGGGAGCGAGGUGUGAUUAAGGGGGGAGGAGUAGGUCAGUGGUUUCAGCAUUGGCCUGCUAACCCCAGGAUUGUGAGUUCAAUCCUUGAGGGGGCCAUUUAGGGAUCUGGGGCAAAAACUGGGAAUUGGUCCUGCUUUGAGCAGGGGGUUGGACUAGAUGACCUCCUGAGGUCCCUUCCAACCCUGAUAUUCUAUGAUUCCUGCUGGGCUAUAGACAGGGACCCAGCCUCUCCUGGCCCGGGAUGUGACGGGGGGGAAGGCCUGCAGCCCCAGAGGUCGGUCACAUACAGCUCAUCACUCAUAGAAAGGCGAGGUAGUUAGGAGAGGUCUCUUUGCAAGCAAGAAGACUGAGCUGGUCUGACCUGAAUGUCCCCCAAGCUGUCCCACCCUCAGAGCCUGGAGACUUCUAGAGACGUCAGAGAGGAGACAGGACGAGUUUGACCCCAGAAAUGUCUGUAAGGGUUUACUCUGUCCCACGCAGCAGGAACCCACCUCCUGUUGCCCCGUAAGUACAGGCCUUUGCUGCGGGAGCUUGGCAGGCUGCAGCAGUAGCCUGAUCCUCGCUGGGGGGUGACAAAAAACAGACACGUCCUGUAUGUUAGGCAGGGGAUGCAGAGAGAAGCCUAUUGUAUUAGCUGCAGGGGUCUUUCUCACUCAUUCAUACACACACACUCCAUCCAUGGGUAACACAAAGCAGUGGUUACGUUCCCUAGCUACAUUCCUAAAGCAAGAUCUCUCGGACCUGGCCCCUCUGGCGGCCCCGAUCCUCCAAAUCCUGGUCUCUUGGGCUUUUCACUUUACGUUUUUUGCUGAUUUCUCCCCCCAUCUCCCAUUCAGGCUGGAGGACUCUCUUCCCCCGGCACCCUCCCCAUAGGCCAUGAGUGCAUCUCUUGCGGUUGCCAAUGCUGUGUAGCUGCUUGGUGGCCUGGUCUAUCAGGUGUUGGGGUUUUGGGGGGUUUGUUUUUGUUUUUUUUUAAAUCCCUGUCUUUGUGUAGCCAGCUCUGUGGACCAAUAAAGCACAGUGAAAACCAGA